GAGCUGCUCAGACAAAUGUCCAGCCCAAGAGAGGAUGACAAGGAGAGACUCAACAGAAAGAUGAGUGCUCAGGAGUACGAAAUGAUCCAAGAGGAGGAUGAAGGUAGCCUGAAGCGCUACAGAACUCAGUCCAUGCAGGAGAUGCACGAGCGCCUGAGCUUCGGACCCGCGUUUGAAGAAGUCAAAGAACUUGAGUCUGGAGACGCCUUCCUAGAAGUCAUAGAGAAGGAACAUCAGAUGACUCUCGUGAUAGUCCACAUUUACCAGCACGGUGUCAAAGGCUGCGAGCAGCUGAACUCAUGUCUGGACUGCCUGGCUCUGGAGUACUCCAGCAUUAGAUUCUGCCGUAUUGAUGCUGUGGCUACAGGCGCUGCUGAGCGCUUCACCCCUGAGGUACUUCCUGCCCUGCUAGUGUACAAAGCUGGUGAGUUACUGGGUCAUUUCCUGACUGUUACCAAACACUUCAAUGAAGACUUCUUCGCAACAGAUGUGGAAGGUUUUCUCAAUGAAUAUGGCCUGUUACCGAAGAAGGAGUUCACAGCAUGGGCUGAUGAUGAGGACGAAGGAGGGGAUGUGGAAUAG